GUAAUUUAGAUUUGCAAAUGUUUUUGUGUAAUUCCGUACAAUGGUAUGACAGGAAUAACAAUUAAAUGUUAAUACAAUUUCCAAAUUAUGUAUACUCUUUACUUAAAUUGAUUUUCUCUUUCCUUGUUUUUUUUAAUGAAACAUUUUUUUUGGCACAAUACAGUUUUUUUUAUCAUCUAAAAAUAUUCUUGGUUUUCGAACAAAGUUAACUUAAGAAUCGAUUAGUUUGACUUUUACUUUGAUCAGGUUUAUUUAUUUACUUUUGGUAGCGGUGACGUGUAAUUGAGGUUAUACGUUCUUAAAAGUAUCUUAUUAUUACGGACUGUGAGUCAUUAUAAGUACAUAUUUAAGAAAAUGAAUGCCUUUAAGCGUGACAAGAAGGAAGAAGAAGAUGGUGGUGGUAACCCAUUUCAGAACAUUGAGAAAACCACUGUGCUUCAGGAAGCACGCACAUUUAACGACACCCCUGUGAAUCCACGGAAAUGCACCCAGAUUCUCACAAAGAUAUUGUAUCUUCUGAACCAGGGGGAGCAGCUGGGGACGACGGAGGCCACGGAGGCCUUCUUCGCCAUGACCAAGCUGUUCCAGUCCAAGGACGUGAUCCUGCGCCGCAUGGUGUACCUGGGCAUCAAGGAGCUGUCCGCGAUCGCCGAGGACGUGAUCAUCGUGACGUCCAGCCUGACCAAGGACAUGACGGGCAAGGAGGACCUGUACCGCGCCGCCGCCAUCCGCGCGCUCUGCAGCAUCACUGAUGUGACGAUGCUGCAGGCCAUAGAGCGCUACAUGAAGCAGGCGAUCGUGGACCGCAACGCGGCCGUGAGCAGCGCGGCACUCGUCAGCAGCCUGCAUCUCACCAGGAUCGCCAGCGACGUCGUCAAGCGGUGGGUGAACGAGGCGCAGGAGGCCGUCAACUCCGACAGCGUGAUGGUGCAGUAUCACGCGCUGGGAGUGCUGUACCACAUCCGCAAGUCGGACCGGCUGGCGGUGACCAAGUUGGUGGCCAAGCUCACCCGCUCCUUCCUCAAGUCUCCGUACGCCGUCUGCAUGCUGAUACGCAUAGCCUGCAAGCUGCUGGAGGAGGAGGACGGCUCCGACUCGCCGCUGUUCGACUUCAUCGAGGUGUGCCUGCGCCACAAGUCGGAGAUGGUGAUCUACGAGGCGGCGCACGCCAUCGUGAACCUGCGGCGCACCACGCCGCGGGAGCUGGCGCCGGCGGUCAGCGUGCUGCAGCUCUUCUGCUCCAGCCCCAAGCCCACGCUGCGCUUCGCGGCCGUGCGCACCCUCAACAAGGUGGCAAUGUCUCACCCGAGCGCCGUCACUGCGUGCAACCUGGACCUGGAGAACCUCAUCACAGACUCGAACCGCUCCAUCGCUACGCUUGCCAUCACGACGCUGCUCAAGACGGGCGCGGAGUCCUCCGUGGACCGUCUAAUGAAGCAGAUAGCCAGCUUCGUCAGCGAGAUCAGCGAUGAGUUCAAGAUAGUCGUUGUCCAGGCGAUCCGCGCGUUGUGCCUGAAGUUCCCGCGCAAGCACAGUGUGCUCAUGAACUUCCUGUCUGCGAUGCUGCGCGACGAGGGGGGACUGGAGUACAAGGCCUCCAUCGCAGACACCAUCAUCACCAUCAUUGAGGAGAACCCGGAGGCUAAGGAGACAGGCCUGGCGCACCUGUGCGAGUUCAUCGAGGACUGCGAACACACCAGUCUGGCGGUGCGCAUCUUGCACCUGCUGGGCAAGGAGGGGCCCCGGACCAAGCAGCCCUCGAGGUACAUCCGCUUCAUCUACAACCGGGUGAUCCUGGAGAACGCGGCGGUGCGGGCGGCGGCCGUGUCGGCGAUGGCGCGGUUCGGGGCGACGUGCCCCGACCUGCUGCCCAACGUCGAGGUGCUGCUGGCGCGCUGCCAGAUGGACACGGACGACGAGGUGCGCGACCGUGCCACCUACUACUGCAGCAUCCUGGAGCGCGGCGACAGGGCCCUGGCCCACCGCUACAUCGUCGAGGGCCUGCAGGUGUCGAUCUCGGGGCUGGAGCGCUGCCUCCACCAGUACUCGCUCGGCUCGCCGGAGACUCCGUUCGACAUGAAGGCCGUGCCGCUGGCGGCCGUGCCGUCCCUCGCCGAGGAGUCCGCGGCCCUGAAGCCAGGCACGGGCGUCGAGGGCAUGCUCAUCUCCACGGCCGCUCCGGGAAGCAAGGUAGUGACAUCAGCGAGUCGGGAGGAGUCGUACGUGGAGAAACUGAAGGCGGUGCCCGAGCUGGCAAGCCUGGGUGGCGCACCAUUCCGCAGCUCCGACCCGGUUGAGCUGACUGAGUCGGAGACGGAGUACGUGGUGCGCUGCGUGAAACAUGUCUACGCGGAGCAUCUUGUGCUGCAGUUUGACUGCCUGAACACCCUCAACGACCAGCUGCUGGAGAACGUGCGUGUGGUGGUGGAGCCGGCCGAGGGCUACCAGGUGUCCCAGGAGCUGCCCUGCUCGCGACUGCCCUACGGCGAGACCGGCUCUGCCUUCGUGGUGCUCAGGUUCCCGGAGGAGCUGGCUGCCACCGUGGCUUCUUUCAGUGCUGUGAUGAAAUUCUUGGUUAAGGAUUGUGAUCCAACGACAGGGUUGCCCGACUCUGAAGAUGGUUACGAUGAUGAAUACAUCCUGGAGGACGUGGAUGUGACCCUGGGCGACCAGAUACAGAAAGUGGCGAAGGCCAACUUCGGGGUGGCGUGGGAGGAGGCGGCUGGCUCCCACCACGAGCUGGAGGACACCUACGCCCUGUCCAACAUGGGGUCCCUGGAGGAGGCGGUCCGCAACAUCACCUCCUUCCUGGGCAUGCAGCCCGCCGAGCGCAGCGACAAGGUGCCCGAGGGCCGGUCCUCGCACACCCUGUACCUCGCAGGUGUGUUCCGUGGCGGCCACGACGUGCUGGUGCGUGCCAAGCUGGCGCUGGCCGAGGGCGUGACCAUGCAGCUCACCGUCAGGGCCACCGACCCCGACAUCGCUGAGCUCGUCACGUCCGCCAUCGGCUGAGCUGCGCGUUCCUCCCUCCGUUCCACAACACCACCGUUGUUUAUUUAAACAUACAUACAGCAGACAUUUCUAUAACAUCAUAUACUUGUUGAAUUGUUCCAAUUGUCUCAUUAAACAAUUUUAAGUCAA